AUGCCUACCAUCACCGUUUCAGGCGUUGGUGGUUGCCAAAUCAGAGUGCCAACGGGCCUCUUUAUCGACAAUGUCUUCGUUUCAGCCCACGAAAACGCCGUCGUGGACAUCGAAAACCCGUUCAACGGCCAAAAGCUGGGGUCCAUCUCCGCCGCUCAAGCUAUUGACGUCGAUAGAGCCGUCUCGUCAGCCAGCAAGGCGUUCAACGAGACAUGGCGUUCAUCUACACCUCAGCAGCGCCGAAAUAUGUUGAACCGCCUUGCGGAGCUUAUCGAACGGGACGUCGAUGUUCUCGCUUCCCUUGAGGCGGUCGACGCAGGAAUCCUCUAUCGAGACUCUAGCAAUAUGUUUGUUCCACAGGCUGCCGAGACAUGUCGCUAUUAUGCGGGCUGGGCGGAUAAGAUGGAUGGUCAAUCUUUAGAUAUUGCCAAUGGUAUGGCUUACACUCGGCGCGAGCCUUAUGGUGUCUGUGCUGCUAUCGUGCCUUGGAACUCGCCUUUGAUGAUCACACUCUGGAAGCUCGCACCAGCCAUCGCCGCCGGCAACGUCCUCAUUAUAAAGACGCCUGAGAACUCACCACUAUACGGACAGCGACUUGCAGAGCUCGUUGUGGAGGCAGGGUUUCCUCCUGGUGUCAUCAACAUUCUCUGUGGCAUAGGUUCAGUGGCAGGCCAGGCUCUGGCUGAGCAUCAAGAGGUUCGGAAGAUCUCCUUCACUGGAAGCGCGGCGGUCGGCCGCCAGCUCUUGGCCACCUCGUCAAAGACAAACCUCAAGAAAGUAAGCCUUGAGUUGGGUGGGAAGGGACCAAGCAUUGUAUUUGCUGAUGCAGACUGGGAAAAUGCCUUGUCUUGGACUACGGCUGGCAUUACGGUGAACAACGGUCAGAUAUGUGCGGCCGGGAGCCGUAUCUACGUUCAAGACGCAAUCUACGAUCGCUUCGUACGCGAAUUCUCGCAACGUUCCAAGAAUGCCAUCGCAGGCGAUCCAUUGCUGGCAGAUACAACCAAGGGCCCUCUCAUCAGCAAGCUACAAAAGGAACGGGUUAUGGAAUACAUCCGAAAGGGGCGUGGAGAAAAGGCCAACUUGAUUCAUGGGGGAGAUGACUCCGAACUACCAAGCAGCGGACACUUCGUUCCUAACACUGCCUUCUCCGAUGUUGAUCCUACCGCCUCCAUCAUACAGGAGGAGAUAUUCGGCCCGGUAGCUUGCAUCGCUCGCUUCAGCACGGAGGAAGAGGCUAUCGAGCUAGCCAAUGGAACAUCGUACGGCCUCGCGUCAGCUGUCUUCACAGAAAAUGUCAACAGAGCCAUACGAGUCGGCGAGUCUCUUGAGAGUGGACAGGUGACAGUCAACAUGUGGGGUACCGUCAAUGUGAACACGCCCUUUGGCGGCGUCAAGGAAAGCGGGUUUGGUCGGGACCUAGGCCGGGAUGCUCUGGAUGAGUGGACUCAUGUCAAAUGUAUCAAGUUUCAGGUUUCCAAACUGUAG